UACAUAAGCGUACACUCACCCAUUUCUCCACAGGGAUAGAAGAAGAAGAAGAAGAUGAUGAAUGUUUGUGUGACUGGAGGUGCAGGUUACCUGGCCUCUUUUCUCAUCAAAACCUUAUUGAGCAGAGGCUAUACAGUGCAUGCCACUCUCAGAAAUUUAGGUGAUUCCACAAAGGUAGGGCUUCUGAAAGGACUUCCUGGUGCAGAAACGAAUCUGAAACUGUUUGAGGCAGAUAUAUACAGAGCAGAUGAAUUUGUUCCCGCCCUUCAUGGCUGUCAAGUGGUGCUCCAUUUGGCUACUCCUCUUCUCCACAACCACCAAAGCUCUAAGUACAAGAACACAUCUGAGGCAGCUGUGGAUGGGGUGAGGAGUAUAGUGGAUGCGUGUAUAAGAUCAGGGACUGUGAAGAAACUCAUCUACACUGCCUCUGUCAUGGCUGCAGCUCCACUUAACCACGAAGACGUUACCACUUUCAAGAACUCCAUGGACGAGACUUGUUGGACUCCUUCCAAUUUCCCAACCCCAUACCCCAUUGAUUUGGUUGUGAACUAUGUGCAGUCAAAGACAGCAGCAGAGAAAGAAGUGCUGAGCUACAAUGGGAGAGGCAUACAAGUGGUGUCUCUUGCUUGUGGCCUGGUUGGAGGCCUCGAGACACUUCAAUAUGUGAUACCUGAAAGCGUGGGGUUGAUCGUCUCACAGGUUGCAAGGGACAAGAAUAGGUAUGAAAUGCUGAGGUCUUUAGAGGAAUUGCUGUCAAAAGUUCCACUUGUACAUAUACAAGAUGUAACUGCAGCGCAUGUUUUCUGCAUCAAGAAUUCAGACAUCAAUGGCAGGUUUCUUUGUGCUAACUACUACCUAAAAUCCGUCGAGAUUGCCUCUUACUAUCAGCAUCAUUCCUCCCUCGUUACCAUCCCUCAAGAGUUCAUUGAGGAUUCAAUGAGGGAGACAAAAUGGGGUUCAAGAAAGUUGGAAGAAGCAGGAUUUGAGUACAAAUAUGAUUAUAAGAUGAUACUUAGCGGAAGUCUAGAAUGCGCCAAGAAGUUCUGCAAUCUCCUUAACUAAACUACAGUUAUUAGUUUCCUGUUCCAAACAGCAUUUUAUGUUCAAAUGCUUUAUGUAUGUAUGUUUUAAGAAUGAUUUGCUCUGAAGUUGAAAUGAAGAUAACAAUUUGCAGCUGAAA